UCGGCGCCUCGUUGAAUUUUGCACGUUUUGCAGCGUCUCUUCCAGUGUUCGCUGCUUUUGUACGACGUACGGUGGGGAGCACUGUAGAAGAUGUUCCUGAUAGUAGAAUUUCUGGAGGAAGAGCGAUGUGGGACACAUUCAGUUGAAAUAGUUCCUGCCUCAUGGGUCAAAGGUAGCGUCUGUAAAUGGCCCAAAGUGCCAUCCGAUAAGGCACGAAAGCUCAUCAUGAAGUGCGCCCCUCCUACAGCGUCGUGGGACAGCUUUCACGUUGCCAUAAAAGGCUCUUUUUCAACGUAUCAAGAUGCAAACAGUAAGCUGAAUGCUGCCCAGUACACCUCAGACAUCAACUCCGCUUCCGAUACAGGGUGUCAAAAGAGGAAGCCUGUCCCACUGCGGCAUUUUGAUGAUUAUGCGGAAGUCCCAGCCUUAGGUUCACAGACUAGAAGAAAAAGAAAGCGGAUUGAGUCAUUUGACUCGGACACUGAUGUGGACGACGUAGACACUCUGCCAAGUCCGCCACCUUUCCCAACGCCAUUCCCUGAGAGGGGUAAUAAUAACUUUGCGAGUCACCAUACUUCACCCACCGGAAGUAUAGUCCAGAGCGGCAGCGUUAACAGUGACCUCAAUCACUGUGGCCAAGAUGAACCUGAGACUCAUGACAACAGUGGUCAAUCCUUCCAGGAUAUAAGAGUGCUGGAACUGAACCACAUAAGAACCAAAAACUGA